AUGCAUCUUCUCCAGCCUCUGGCCGUGCUGGCUGCGGUGACGGCGGUUGCUGGCGUGGCAGUCAACCCGUUGCCCGCUCCUCGCAACAUUACCUGGGGAUCUUCGGGUCCUAAACACCUGGCUGGUCCGCUGACGCUGCGGUCGGCGGCGGCAAGCAACUCGACGAUCGUGACAGAAGGGUGGAAUCGGGCGUGGGAGACGAUUGUCUCGCUGCAGUGGGUGCCGGCGGCCACGGAGGCCCCCAUUGCCCAUUACGCGCCCUUCCCGACCGGCGUGCCGCCGGUGAAACGGGAGGCUCCCUCGCCCUCGCUGCGGUAUGUGGACGUGCAGGUGGCGGACGUGACGGCGGAUCUGCAGCACGGGGUGGAUGAGAGCUACACGCUCGAGAUCACGGCGGAGUCGAGCAGCGUGGAGAUCAGAUCGCAGACGGUCUGGGGCGCGCUGCACGCGUUCACGACCCUGCAACAGAUAGUGAUCUCCGAUGGACACGGGGGCCUGCUGGUCGAGCAGCCUGUGCGGAUCGAAGACGCGCCGCUGUACCCGUACAGAGGCAUCAUGGUCGACAGCGGGCGCAACUACAUCUCUGUGGGCAAGAUCCUGGAGCAGCUGGAUGCAAUGGCCCUGGCCAAGAUGAAUGUGCUGCAUUGGCACCUGGACGACUCGCAGUCGUGGCCGGUGCACAUGAAGGUGUACCCGGAGAUGACGCUGGACGCCUACUCGCCGCGCGACACCUUCUCGCAGGAGGCGAUCCGGCGGGUGAUCGGGUACGCGCGGGCGCGUGGCAUCCGGGUGAUCCCCGAGGUCGACAUGCCCGGCCACUCGGCGGCCGGGUGGAAGCAGGUCGACCCGACGAUCGUGGCAUGCGCAGACUCGUGGUGGUCGAACGACGACUGGACGUACCACACGGCGGUGGAGCCGACGCCCGGCCAGCUGGACAUCAUCUAUAACGGCACCUACCCGGUCGUGCAGCAGGUGUACGGGGAGCUGUCCGGCCUGUUCACGGACGACUUCUUCCAUGUGGGCGCGGACGAGCUGCAGACGGGCUGCUACAACUUUAGCCACUACGUGAUGGAGUGGUUCGCCGAGGAUGCCUCGCGCACCUACGACGACCUGGCGCAGUACUGGGUCGACCACGCGGUGCCCAUCUUCCAGAACGUGCCGGAGCGCCCGAACCGCCGGCUCAUCAUGUGGGAGGACAUUGUGCUCUCGACGCCGCACGCGCACGACGUGCCCAAGGACAUCAUCAUGCAGUCGUGGAACAACGGACUGACCAACAUCGCUAACCUGACCGCACUCGGCUACGACGUGAUCGUCUCCUCGGCCGACUUCUUCUACCUCGACUGCGGCUACGGCGGGUUCGUCACCAACGACCCGCGCUACGACGUCAUGGCCAACCCGGACGCCAGCGUGCCCAACUUCAACUACCUGGGCGACGGCGGGUCGUGGUGUGCCCCUUACAAGACCUGGCAGCGCAUCUACGACUACGACUUCACGACCAAUCUGACGGACGAACAGGCCGCGCACAUCAUCGGCGCCGCGUCCCCCCUCUGGUCCGAACAGGUCGACGACGUCGUCAUCUCCAGCAAGAUGUGGCCGCGCGCCGCCGCCCUGGCAGAGCUGGUCUGGUCCGGCAACCGCGACAAGAACGGCAACAAGCGCACCACCCUCAUGACCCAGCGCAUCCUCAACUUCCGCGAGUAUCUCGUCGCCAACGGGGUGCAGGCCGCUCCCUUGGUUCCCAAGUACUGCCUGCAGCACCCUCAUUCGUGCGAUCUCUACUACAACCAGAGUGUCAUCCAGUAG